CCAAUCACAAGGCAGCCUCUCUGUAGUUCAGGCCAAUCAGCUUCCAGAUGAGAGGGUUUAAACUGCUACUUAAAGAAAAGAACCUUUUCGUUAUAACGGCUGAGCUCUUGGAAGGACUUGGUGGAUUGGGUCGGAGGUGGGAGCUGGCCGGCAUCAUGGACACACCCAAAGAAAACUACAUACCAGGGCCUGUUAAGGUGACAUUUCCACUGGGUGACGGUCCAAAGCGUGUUCCAGUGACUCAGAAGUUUCCUUCUCAGAGCCAGGUAUCUGCAAGCAGUGGCCAGGCUCAGCGGGUCUUGUGUCCUUCAAAUUCCUCCCAGCGAAUUCCUUCACAAGCGCAAAAGCUUGUCUCUGGUCAGAAACCUGCACAGAAGCAAUUGCAGGCAGCCAGCGCACCUCGUCCUGCCUCCCAGCCAGUGAAUAACUCCCAGAAGAACGAGCAGCCCCAGCCAUCAGCAUCGGGAAAUAAUCCUGAAAAGGAACCAGCAUCAAAACAGAAGAAUGAAGACUCAAAAAAAAGACAAUGGACUUUGGAAGAUUUCGACAUUGGCCGCCCUCUGGGUAAAGGGAAGUUUGGUAACGUUUAUUUAGCAAGAGAAAAACAAAGCAAGUUUAUUCUGGCUCUUAAAGUGUUAUUUAAAGCUCAGCUGGAGAAGGCAGGCGUGGAGCAUCAGCUGAGAAGAGAAGUGGAAAUACAGUCCCACCUGCGGCAUCCCAACAUUCUCAGGCUAUAUGGAUAUUUCCACGAUGCCACCAGAGUUUACCUAAUUUUAGAAUAUGCACCACUUGGAACAGUCUACAGAGAACUUCAGAAAUUGUCCAAGUUUGAUGAGCAGAGAACUGCUACUUAUAUCGCAGAACUGGCGAAUGCCCUGUCUUACUGUCAUUCAAAGAGAGUUAUCCACAGAGACAUUAAGCCAGAGAACCUGCUUCUUGGAUCGGCUGGGGAGCUUAAGAUUGCAGACUUUGGGUGGUCAGUGCACGCUCCGUCCUCCAGGAGGACCACUCUCUGUGGCACCCUGGACUACCUGCCCCCCGAGAUGAUUGAAGCCCGAAUGCACGAUGAGAAGGUGGAUCUCUGGAGCCUUGGAGUCCUGUGCUAUGAGUUUUUAACUGGGAAGCCGCCUUUUGAGGCACAGACGUACCAAGAGACCUACAGAAGGAUAUCUCGGGUUGAAUUCACAUUCCCUGAGUUUGUGACAGAGGGAGCCAGGGACCUCAUUUCACGACUACUAAAGCAUAAUGCAAGCCAGCGGCCCACGCUAGGAGAAGUCCUUGAACACCCCUGGAUCACAGCAAACUCAUCAAAACCUUCGAACUGCCAACAAAGCAAAGAAUCAACUAGCAAAUAAUCAAGCCUGAGGAGAAAGCCUUGAGCCAGGGCUGCUGUACAGCCUCUAGGAACACGCUUCUGAAACCUCCCUUUCUGUCCACCUGCCUCUAGCCCAGAGCACUACAGGACCUGGGAUUUGUCUCACUGAGCAGGCAGUGCCUCCUCACCUCACCUGCUGGUGGGAAAACUCCGCCUCAGCAGACGUGACACCAAGAGUGGCCAUGAGGAUCGUGCUGCUUUUACUGGUUUCACAAUCUGAGGGAGGAGCUGGCCGCAACCAUCCCCACGGCCUGUGUCCAGCAGGCUGUCCUCUGGAAGACGAAUUUGGAGCCUGGCUGUGGGGAAAGUGGCCACCUUGCCUGGACUCAGCCAGUGAUCCAUCUGUACAGUGACCGCCAAGUGCCCGAGUGUGUGUGUAACUUAUUGGGUGGCCAAGCCUAUAGGAAUGAAUAUGUGGUUCUUUCUUUUAAAUGUUAAAAUAAAGAUUUAUAAAGACUGGCAUUUCCCCUCCAUGGCAGCCCCUUAUGUCCCCAUUGUCCAUCAACUGCUAAGGCUGGGUUUCUGGUCCUCCUU